GUCAGAGGCGUGUGUGUGCAGGGAGAGUUCCUGAACACACACCACUGGGGCUUUCACUUGACCCUCGGCGACAAAUGCGAAGUCUUGUGGUGUGUGAUCGUGGAGGUUAAAGCAUCACAUGUAGUUUAACGGAGGUUCUGUGUGAAAGCAGCUCUGACUGAACACUGGAUUUCACACCCCGGACUAAGAAGUGGAGUCCAUGGAGGAGCUGGACCCAGAGGAGCAGUUCUUGCGAUACGCCCGGAAUGGAGAUCUGCCUGGCAUCCGGAGACUGCUCACAUCCACGAUGAAGGAAGAGACGUACAUCAAUAUUAACUGCAAAGGAAAAAAUAAAUCGAACCUGGGAUGGACUCCUCUUCACUUGGCUUGUUAUUUUGGUCACAAACACGUAGUAGAGGAAUUGUUAAAGGCAGGUGCAGAUGUUCACUUGCCCAACAAUAUCGGAGACACGCCACUUCACAAAGCUGCUUUCACUGGGAGAAAGGAGGUUGUCAUGCUGCUGCUGCACUAUGAUGCAUGUGCUACUGUCAUCAAUGGGACAGCACAGAUUCCCAAAGAUGUGACUCAAAAUGCCGAGAUCAGAGGCAUGUUGGAAGCGGCCGAGAGAACAGAGGAGAGGAAACUGGAGGAGAAACUUCUGGAUGCUGCACGUGAAGGCGACCUCUUAACGCUCACGCAGUUGCUUGGCAAGAAAAAGCCCCCAGACAUCCACUGCACAGAUCUGCUGGGUAACACGCCCCUGCACUGCGCCGCCUACCGCGGCCAGAGGCAGUGCGCCCUGAAGCUGCUCAAGAGUGGAGCCAACCCCAAUUUUAAGAACAAGAAUGGCCAAACAGCGCUUGACCUGGCCAGUGACACGACAAUGCAGCAGUUCCUUGAAGGCAGCAUCCAUCGAGGUUUGACCCGACAUGUCAAGAAGUAUGAAGGACUCCUCUAUAAGAGCUCCAGAUUCUUUGGAUGGCGUUCCUACUGGGCCGUCCUUCAGGAUGGGGUUUUAUCGUGGUACUCCAAACAGUCAGAUGCUGAUGCCGGUGUCAGACGGCAAGGCUGCAAGUCCCUCACAAAUGCUCAGUGUUUGAUACAAGCCAAAGACAAUUGCUUUUUUACCCUCAAGUGCUUCGAUGACAGUGUACAUCACUUCAAAGUAUCACCUAAAACUAACCCAGAGGCAACCAGGAAGGCAUGGCUUGAUGCGUUGGAAGAGCACACAGCUUACAGCACACACUAUUGCUCCCAAGAGCAGGGCAGCGAGGAGGAAGAGGAGGAGGAAGUGAUGUCACUUGGGGAGCUGACCGACUCGCUACAGGCAGCCGAGGUCAGCCAGAAGAGGCUGGAGAAGGAGGUGGCGGCCUUCCUGUCCUCUCUCAAACAUGAUGGGCUGUCAGAACGAUUUCCUCCAGCCGGUCUGCAGAGACUCCAGGAGAUUGGCGAGUUGUCCAAAGAGACGUGCUCUCACCUCAGUGUCUGUCUCGGCCUCUUCUCCAGACAAGACGGGGUGCGCAGUCUGAAAUUGGAGCAGGAGGUAGAGAAGAAUAAGAUCCUCUCCCAAGCGCUGCAGACUCUCGCCACGGAGCACCACGAACUUGAGCAGUCCAUCGUCAAGAGGUCUUCACCACGGAGUGCCCUCAGCGAGGAUGAGUUCCACGACGCCGUGUCUGAAUCAGGCUCAGACUUCUCUUCCCUGAGCGGCUUUGAGACGGUGGCCAGCCGUUCCUUUGAGGAGGAGGAGGACGACGAAGGCUCCGUCGUGCUGAGCAGCCGCACCGCCAGCAUGUUGCAGGGGGAUCGCCAUGGAGACGGAGAUGAGACUCAACCCAACGGGAUUACAAAACAUAGGACAAGCUUACCUGCGCCAAUGUUUUCAAGGAAUGACUUCAGCAUCUGGAGUAUCUUGAGGAACUGCAUUGGAAUGGAGCUCUCCAAGAUUACCAUGCCAGUGAUUUUCAACGAGCCGCUCAGUUUCUUGCAGCGUCUGACCGAGUACAUGGAGCACACGUACCUCAUCCACCAGGCCAACAUGUCCUCAGAUUCUGUCGAGAGGAUGAAGUGUGUGGCCGCGUUCGCUGUGUCCGCGGUGGCCUCCCAGUGGGAGCGGACGGGUAAACCCUUCAACCCCCUGCUUGGAGAAACCUAUGAGCUGGUCAGAGACGAUCUGGGGUUCAGGCUCAUCUCGGAGCAGGUAAGCCACCACCCUCCAGUCAGCGCCUUCCACGCUGAAGGGGUGAAGCAAGACUUUGUUUUUCAUGGAUCCAUCUACCCAAAACUUAAGUUCUGGGGCAAGAGUGUGGAAGCGGAGCCGAAAGGCACCAUCACGCUUGAGCUGCCCAAGUACAAUGAAGCCUACACAUGGACAAAUCCUACUUGUUGUGUGCACAACAUAAUCGUGGGUCAGCUGUGGAUUGAGCAGUACGGAAAUGUGGAGGUGAUCAACCACAGAACCGGUGAAAAGUGCUGUCUUAAUUUCAAACCAUGUGGACUUUUUGGGAAAGAACUGCAUAAAGUUGAAGGUUACAUUCUUGAUAAAAGCAAAAAGAAGGUAUGUGCUCUCUACGGGAAGUGGACCGAAUGCCUGUACGUUGUGAACCCAGCUGCCUUUGAAUCUCACAAGAAACAUGACAAAAAGGGAGCUGAGGAAAAAAAAGCCAGCAAAGCGGACUGCGGUGUGGACCAGGACGACGUUCCCUCGCCGGCUCCAGACACCGUGGAGAUGAUUCCAGGCAGCCAGCUGCUGUGGAGGAUCGCACCCAGGCCGGCCAACUCUGUCCAGAUGUACAGUUUCACGUCGUUUGCGAUGCAGCUGAACGAGCUGCACAAGGAGAUGGAGGGUCUCAUCCCCCAGACUGACUGCAGGCUCCGGCCGGACAUACGAGCCAUGGAGAACGGCGACAUCGACCUCGCAAGCGAGGAGAAAAAGAGGCUGGAAGAGAAACAGAGAGCUGCUCGUAAAAACCGCUCCAAAGCUGACGAGGAGUGGAAGAGCAAGACUCCUCCUCUGGGCCCGAGGUGGUUUCAACAGGGGCAGAACCCCCACACCCGCUCCCAGGACUGGCUCUUCUCUGAGGGAUACUGGGACAGGACGUACGGCCACCUGCCAGACAUUUACUGAUGCCCGUUUGCUGCACGGACGCAGAGCACCUGCACCACAAGGAGGAGCAUCAACUCUUUUUUUCUUUUUUUUUUUUUUUAAUGAAAUAACUGUGAGAAAAAUGUACGUAAGUGUGUGGCCUUUGUCUAGUUCCUGUGAGGAAACAUUAUUAAUCAUUUGUUUGUUUGAAAGAGUUUUCAGAUGUAUCAUUUGCAUUUCCACUGAGACCAAUUUUUGUUUCUGUUCGUCAUGAAUUUUUAGCACUUUGGACUGAGGUUGAGAGUUUUAGUGUACAUCUCCAUUCUUUUAAAUGUUCUUAACUGUAUAUCUGUAUAUAGGCUUUCUGCACCGGCAACCGUCAGUGACCUCAUCAUGUUUGUGGUAGUUCCUCUACAUUUGAGUUCAUGAGACGCUGAUGUGGAUCCACGUCAGUUCUCCUCGUGUAAUUUGGCUUGAAAAGCAAAAAAAGUUACUCCAGAACAUGCUUGGAAAAAAUGUAUUAUGUAUUAUCUGUAUGAAUACCAAUCAUAAAAUGAAUUUCAGAA